GAACCACACUAUAUUAUCGGGAGGUCCAAUCCACCAUCCUCCACUCACUUCACACACUCCAAUGGAAUCGUAAUCGUAACAUAAGAAGAAGAAGAAGAAGAAGAAGAAGAAGAAGCUCAAGACAAAUCUCAUUUCUUUCAUUGUAUCGAUUGAAUCUCUGCAUUCAUUGAUGGAACGUGCAAGGAGGCUCGCAAACCGCGCCAUUCUGAAGCGCCUCCUCUCUCAGACAAAACAGCACCGUCGCCACGAGCCUCUCUCCAACUCUUCCUCUUCCUCCCCCGUUCUCUACUCUCCCUCCAGAUGCGUCUCCACCGUAACUCCCUCUGUUCUCCGCAACAGAGCAUCGUUCCAUCAUUUCUCUCAACAACAAACUCGCCGAAUUUCCGUUACUGCCCUCCAGCCCAGCGACACCUUCCCACGCCGCCACAACUCCGCUACCAAAGAAGAACAGAGCAAGAUGGCUCAGUCUUGCGGCUUCGACUCUCUUGAUUCCCUCAUCGACGCCACCGUUCCCAAAUCCAUUCGCCUCAACGACUUCGCCUUCUCUAAGUUCGAUGCAGGAUUGACGGAGGGCCAGAUGAUUGAGCACAUGAAGGAUUUGGCGUCGAAGAACAAAGUUUUCAAGUCUUUUAUUGGAAUGGGAUAUUACAACACUCAUGUGCCACCUGUCAUCUUGAGGAACAUCAUGGAGAACCCUGCUUGGUAUACGCAGUACACUCCUUACCAGGCUGAGAUUUCGCAGGGCCGUCUCGAGUCAUUGCUUAAUUUCCAGACCAUGAUCACUGAUCUCACUGGCUUGCCUAUGUCCAAUGCUUCAUUGCUUGAUGAAGGAACUGCUGCUGCUGAAGCAAUGUCUAUGUGUAACAACAUCCAGAAAGGGAAGAAGAAGACUUUUGUUAUUGCAAGUAACUGUCAUCCUCAAACAAUUGAUAUAUGCAAGACAAGGGCUGCUGGUUUUGAUCUUGAGGUUGCCACCGUGGAUCUUAAGGAUAUUGAUUACUCAAAAGGUGAUGUUUGUGGUGUGCUUGUUCAGUACCCCGGGACUGAGGGUGAGAUUCUGGACUAUGGGGAGUUUAUCAAGAAGGCACAUGCUCAUGGGGUUAAGGUUGUUAUGGCCAGUGAUCUCUUGGCACUGACUGUGUUGAAGCCUCCUGGUGAGUUGGGGGCAGAUAUUGUUGUUGGCUCGGCUCAGAGGUUUGGUGUUCCAAUGGGUUAUGGAGGGCCUCAUGCCGCUUUCUUGGCAACAUCACAAGAGUACAAGAGGAUGAUGCCUGGGAGGAUUAUUGGUGUCAGUGUUGAUUCUUCUGGAAAGUCGGCUUUGAGAAUGGCGAUGCAAACAAGGGAACAGCAUAUUCGGAGGGACAAGGCUACUAGCAACAUUUGCACUGCUCAGGCACUGCUUGCAAAUAUGGCUGCUAUGUUUGCUGUAUAUCAUGGACCUGAAGGCCUUAAGACCAUUGCUCAACGCGUUCAUGGUCUUGCUGGCGUGUUUGCCCUGGGAUUGAAGAAACUUGGAGUAGAAGUUCAGGAUCUUCCCUUCUUUGACACUGUGAAGGUUAAGGUUCCCAAUGCCCACGCAAUCGCUGAUGCUGCUGUGGAAAGUGAAAUAAACUUGCGAGUUGUAGAUGGAAAAACUAUAACCGUUGCUUUUGAUGAAACAACCUCAUUGGAGGAUGUUGAUACACUUCUCAAAGUCUUUGCUGGUGGCAAGCCAGUUUCCUUCACAGCUGCUUCUCUUGCGCCAGAAGUCGAGUCUGCGAUUCCUUCUGGAUUAACUAGGGACAGCCCUUAUCUGACACACCCUAUCUUCAACACGUACCACACUGAGCAUGAGUUACUCAGGUACAUUCAUAGGUUACAAUCCAAGGAUCUCUCAUUAUGCCACAGCAUGAUUCCACUUGGAUCUUGUACUAUGAAGUUGAAUGCAACAACUGAGAUGAUGCCAGUAACAUGGCCCAGCUUCACUGAUAUUCACCCUUUUGCACCAACUGAACAGGCUCAAGGUUAUCAGGAAAUGUUUGACAAUUUGGGUGACUUGCUGUGUACCAUCACCGGGUUUGACUCCUUCUCUUUGCAACCAAAUGCUGGAGCUGCAGGAGAGUAUGCUGGGCUGAUGGUUAUUCGAGCAUAUCAUUUGGCAAGAGGAGACCACCACCGCAAUGUUUGCAUUAUACCUGUCUCGGCACAUGGUACAAAUCCUGCCAGUGCUGCCAUGUGUGGCAUGAAAAUUGUAUCUGUGGGAACCGAUGCCAAGGGUAACAUUAACAUUGCAGAGUUGAGGAAGGCCGCUGAAACUCACAAGGACAACUUAUCAGCUCUUAUGGUAACAUAUCCCUCAACCCAUGGUGUUUAUGAAGAGGGUAUAGAUGAGAUUUGCAAGAUUAUUCAUGAUAAUGGAGGCCAAGUAUACAUGGAUGGUGCCAAUAUGAAUGCACAGGUGGGUCUUACAAGCCCUGGUUGGAUUGGAGCAGAUGUUUGCCAUCUCAAUCUCCAUAAGACAUUUUGCAUCCCUCAUGGAGGAGGUGGCCCUGGUAUGGGUCCAAUUGGUGUAAAGAAACACUUGGCACCAUUUUUACCUUCACACCCUGUGGUACCCACUGGUGGAAUUCCCGCCCCGGAGAACUCUCAACCUCUUGGUACCAUCUCUGCUGCACCUUGGGGCUCAGCACUCAUAUUGCCAAUCUCCUACACUUACAUUGCCAUGAUGGGUUCGAAAGGACUCACCGAUGCAUCAAAGAUAGCCAUUUUGAAUGCGAACUACAUGGCGAAACGAUUGGAGAAUCAUUACCCUGUUCUUUUCCGUGGAGUCAAUGGAACUGUUGCUCAUGAAUUCAUCAUUGACUUAAGAGGCUUUAAGAACACUGCUGGAAUAGAGCCUGAAGAUGUUGCAAAGCGCCUCAUGGACUAUGGCUUCCAUGGACCAACAAUGUCAUGGCCUGUACCUGGCACACUCAUGAUUGAACCCACUGAAAGUGAAAGCAAGGCUGAGUUAGACAGGUUCUGUGAUGCUCUUAUUUCCAUCAGAGAAGAAAUUGCUGAGAUAGAGAAAGGAAAAGCUGACAUUAACAACAAUGUGCUCAAGGGAGCUCCUCAUCCACCAUCAUUGCUCAUGGGAGAUGCAUGGACCAAACCAUACUCCAGGGAAUAUGCAGCCUUCCCAGCUCCCUGGCUCCGCGUCGCAAAGUUCUGGCCUACAACAGGGCGUGUUGAUAAUGUGUAUGGCGACCGCAACCUCAUCUGCACCCUUCUGCCGGCAGCACAGGUCGCCGAAGAACAAGCUGCUGCAACCGCAUAGUCCCUCAUUCCUUUCAUCAAGCAUUUUCAUCAUUUCUAGUUGUACAUAAACUCCUUCUCCUAUUUAUACAGUCAUUGCAGCUGCUGACUUUUGCUUCUGAAUAUGAUAAUGAUGAUAAUCCAAUGCUCUUAAGUUUCAUACAACCACAACACAUAUCUGCUCUUUCCCCUCUCCAUCUUAAUAAAAUAGAGGGAAAGUUCACCCAAAAAAAAAAGGAAAAAAUUUAGAAUAUUGGUCAGGUAGUAGAAUUAAGUGCUAUUAAAGUUACAUAUUCGUAUGCAUGUAAAAUCAGUAAAUCAUACGUUUGAAUAAACUCAUUAGUCUCAGCUAGUGUAUUAAUAGGCAUCAAUGUGCAUAUGAAUCCGCUUUUUAUUUAUUAACUAUGUAUAACAAUAAUAAAUAUGAGAUUAGUUAAGAUGACAAGUACUUUAUGCUUUA